CUUUAUCUGUGUGAGCUGAGAGAGUCCUAUUUUCUUCUGCUUCCACCGCUUCAAACCCUAACGCUUGCUUCCUCAACACUCUCGCAGGAUCAGUUUUGAGCUUCAAUGGAGGCUUCUCAAUGUCACUGAGUAAAUGAUAGUAGCUCAGAGGUGUGUUUUUGGACAGCAUAAUAUUUGGAGAAACUUUUUCUUGAUCUUCCUUGAUUUAUUACGCCUUCUUAUUAAUAGUUAUCUGCUGAAAAAUUGUGGGUUGGGUUAUCUAUGCCUGGGAACGAAGUAGGAGACAGGGUCCAUAAUUUUUUUGGUCAGGAGAACUUGUCCCAGGGCCAGUAUCAUACACAGGUAGUUGACGGGAACUGGGCAGGGCUAAGCAACAAUUUGUGGGCUGGUAGCCAGAGACCAACUGGUGCACCUUUUAUUUCCAAUUUGAAGAAUUUUAAUCUACAACAAUCAGAUUUUGAGCAGGGACACACAAGCAGUCCUCAUUUGCGACAUGGUUUGAACCUGGCCCAAUCAAAUCUGAGGCCUGACUCUGGCAGAAAUCAACUUCCAAAUCAACCAACAGCUGUUAAUGGGUAUAUGCAAGGACAUCAGGUUUUUCAGUCCCGGCAAAAUGAAGCAAGCAUUUUGGGAAUGGAUACUGAAGCUGAUUUGCAUGGCAUGUCAAAUCUAUCAAGAGGAAUAUCAGUGCUAGAGUCACAACAAGGGGCUGGUCUUGAACAUUAUAAGAAAAACCUGGCUAGGACUGAUGCAUCUGAGUCUCCUGUCAAUUAUGACUUUUUUGGAAGUCAACAGCAAAUAGGUGGUCGGCAUUCAGGUAUGCUUCAGGCUUUUCCUAGACAGCAGUCUGGGAUGAAUGACAUGCAACUUUUACAACAGCAAGCAAUGCUCAACCAGAUGCAAGAACUUCAAAGGCAGCAACAAUUUCAUCAACUAGAAGCUAGGCAACAGAGUCCUAUGAAUCCAGCUUCCUCCAUUUCAAAACAGACAGUUGCAAGCCAUUCUGCGUCUCUUAUUAAUGGCAUUCCCAUCAAUGAGGCAUCUAACCUUGUGUGGCAGCCUGAAGUAAUGGCAACUAAUGCAAAUUGGCUCCAGCAUGGUGCAUCUCCGGUUAUGCAAGGGUCCUCUAAUGGACUUGUGUUAUCUCCUGAACAAAUGCGCCUGAUGGGUUUGGUCCCUAAUCAGGGAGACCAGUCUCUUUAUGGGCUUCCAAUUUCUGGCUCUAGAGGUACACCUAACUUGUAUUCUCAUGUUCAAGCAGAUAAGCCUGCAGUGUCUCAGGUUUCUGUCCAACAUCAGUAUUCUCGGGUUCAGGGUGACAAGCCAACAUUACCACAUAUAUCAGCCAGUGGUAAUUCAUUUCCAGUUCAUCAGUAUACUGCAAUUUCAGAUCAACCAAACACAAAUGAUAGAACUUCAGUUUCAAGACAGGAUAUUGGAAAAAGUAUGUUUGGUUCUCUUGCUCAAGGUAUAAACAGUGGACUAAAUAUGGAGAACUUGCAGCAAGUAAAUUCUGAGCAAAGAGAUGUACCAAUUGAAGAUUUUAAUGGGAGGCAAGAAUUAGCUGGAUCUUCUGAAACUUCACAGGACAAGGUGGUAGUGCAGGUUCCUCCACAGAAUGUGGCUACCCUAGAUCCAACGGAAGAGAAGAUUUUAUUUGGUUCAGAUGACAAUCUUUGGGAUGGAUUUGGCAAGAAUGCUGGUUUUAAUGUGCUGGAUGGUACAGAUGGUUUUGGUGGAUAUCCGUCACUUCAGAGUGGGAGUUGGAGUGCACUUAUGCAGUCUGCUGUAGCUGAAGCUUCUAGUAGUGCAAUGGGUGUACAGGAAGAGUGGAGUGGUCUAAGUUUCCGGAAUACUGAGCAUUCAUCUGGAAAUGAUCGGCCCUCGACCAUUGAUAGCAGCAAACAGCAGUCAGUUUGGGCUGACAGUAACUUGCAGUCUGCACCCAAUGUAAAUUCAAGGCCUUUUCUUCGUCCGGAUGAUCUUAGUAGGCACAAUAACACAGUAAACUAUUCUGGUCUUCCUGGAUUUCUUCAGCCAGGUGCUGAUACUGCACAGGAACAACAUGACAGGUUACAGACUGAUUCUACUCAAAGAUCAAUUCCACAGUUUUUAGAAAGAGGCAAAUGGUUAGAUUGCAGCCCUCAGCUAAAACCAAUUGCAGAAGGGAGUCAUAUUUAUGGAAAUGCUGCUAAUUCUUCAGGUUUAGAAAUAAAUGAAAAGGUUAUUUCAGGUUCUUGGACCCAUCAACAGACGCUGACAUCCCCUAGUAGUAGUGGUGAGCCAUUUAAUAGAUCUAAUGGAUGGAAUGCAAUCAAAUCUCCCCCACCUAAUAACAAUUCUAAUAUGAGAAUCCGUGAAAAUGAAAACGUGUUGCAAUCCCAUCAUGAUAAAGCUAUGCAGGAGGAUAUGGGUCAGGUUCCUGCUAUGUGGGAGCCUGAUUCUGAUUCCAGUUCAGCUCUUGGGUUGGAACAUACAAAAUCUGCAGGUAAUAUGCAGGUUUCUGGGGAGGAUUCUGGUAUGAAUGGUAUUGCUGCCAUACCAAAUUCAGGUGCUACAUGGGUCAACAGGCAAAGCAACCAGCAGCCCCCUAAUGUUGAUGUAUGGAGACAAGCAGAUUCUGUGGGGAGCUAUAGAAGAAAUGAAGGUGCAGGAAAGUAUAGGUCUCACAUGGAAAAGAACCCUUUAAUUUUGGAAUCAUUAAAGAAUGAAAAGUCAGAAGGAGAGGCACACAAUAUGGAAAACUCUAACAAAAAGGAUAUAUCAGCAGAUGGCCCUGGAUCCAAUUCUUCCCAUCAUAGGGCUGGUGGUUUGAGAGACAAUGCUGGUUUUGAUGGUGAUUUGCAUAGUCCAAAGUUAUCUGGGCAGGGAAAUCGAAGACCUCCUGUAACUCGUAAAUUUCAGUAUCAUCCAAUGGGGGAUGUUGGUGUUGAUGUAGAACCUUAUGGAAACAAACAUGUCAUAAAUUCACAGCCCGCGCCCCACCAACCCUUUGGCAGACUUAAAGGUCAGGAGCAAAACUAUCCUGGGCAGUCAAAAUAUGGUCAUUCUGAUGGGAAUUAUGCUGAAACAGAGAAGGGUGACUCAAAAACCAUAGACGAUAACGCUUCAAAAAGCAUACUGCCUGGUCAUAUGCCAAAAACAUUGACUCCAUUUGAUAGAAGUGUUGGUAAUUAUACCUUGAACAAGACUGCUUCAACCAGUCAAAAUAUUCUUGAGCUUCUUCAUAAAGUGGAUCAGUCAAGGGACCAUGGCAUUGCAACAAACACAAGCACUUCUAACCGCCCUUUAUCUUCCAGGGUGAUGGAUACUGAAUCUUCUGAUGGGUCUAUUGUACAUUCUCAACGAAAUCAGAGUUCUUUUUCUCAGGGCUUUGGUUUACAAUUGGCACCUCCUACUCAAAGGAUUCCUAUGUCGUCUUCUCAUGCUACACCACAUGUUGCAUCUGAGACAGGGGAUAAAGGUCAUACAUGGUUGGCUGCUACUCAAUCUUUUCCUUCUCGGGAGUUAUCUCAUGAGCUUAGGAAUAACAUUUCUGGUACCUCUGGACAAAUUUUUGAUAAAGCCUUGCAGUACAGUGCAAUGGGAAAUAUUCCACAGGCUUUCGCAUCUGGCUUUCCUUUCUCCAGGAUCCAUACUCAAAAUCAGAAUAUGGCUAAUCUUGGUGGACAAGUAGCAAAUACCCAAUGUGAUAAUGCACCUUAUGAUCGGGCUGCUUCCACUAAUCAGGUAGAUGAAUAUUCUGAGAGAGCUCAGACUAGUAAAUCUGAUUUGGCAUCUGCUCAGGACAUGUCCCAGAUUGAUGGUACGAAUCAAAUUUGUCCUGGAGAUCCUACCAUGAAAAUUUCAGCAUUAGAAGCUGGCAAAGCUCCUCAUCCUUCUGUUGCAUCUCCUCAUGGUGCCCCUUCAAGGGUUUUACACAAUGUAUGGACGAGUGUUUCUAGUAAGCAACAUCCUAACGCUAUGAAGAUUCCAUCUCAUCCCCAACCAACUAAUAUUUGUGAAACUUCAAUGGGACCACAGAAGCCAGGUAUUGAAGAUUUAGAGAAAGAUGAUAACCAUUCUGGGCAGCAGGUAUUUCCUGAGAGUGUUGAUGCUGCUGAAGAGACUGCAAGUGUUUCCCAUGUGAAAUGUAUACCUGAUGCAUCUCAAUCAAGUUCAGCUGCUACUUCAAAAGAUAUUGAAGAUUUUGGCCGGUCUUUAAGACCAAACAAUUUUUUGCAUCACAAUUUCCCUAUGCUAAAUCAAGUUCAGUCCAUGAAAAAUAUGGAGAUUGAUCCUAGUAAUCGAGAUGUCAAGAGAUUCAAAAUUUCAGAUAAUAUGGCAGACAAACAACAGGUUGACUCCAACCUUGGACAACAGUCAUACGGAUACAAUAACAUGGUAAAAGAUAUGUCAGGUAACAGUUCUUCUGUGCCACCAUCAGAUCCAAACAUACUAAGCAUUUCAACAAAGCCGGGUGAUGGGCGAGACACUAAUGCAUCUUCUCAGGAGGGGGUAGGAUUUGGUCAGAAAAAUGCUCUUAAUGUUGCCAAUAAUAACCAACUUCCUUCUGUGAUAAAUCCUCAGAUGGCUCCGUCAUGGUUUGAGCAAUAUGGAAAUUUUAAAAAUGGUAAGAUGUUGCAAAUGUAUGAUGUAAGGACAAUGACUCCUCCCAAAAUUAUGGACCAGCCUUUAAUUUUAAGGAACCAAUCGGUUAGUUUGCAUCUUGGUAAUUCAAUGGAGCAAGUUAAUAGUCUCAGUGAUGCUAGGCAAAAUCCAAUGCUUACUUCAGUUGCAAGUGAGCAUCUUCCUUCUCAGUUAUUGCCUCCUCCUGCAGUUGAACCAGAUUUGCAUGUCAUGCGGCCAAAGAAGCGUAAAAGUACCACAUCUGAACUCAUACCUUGGCAUAAAGAAUUGAGACAGGGUUCUGAAAGGCUUCAAGAUAUCAGUGCGGCAGAAUUGGACUGGGCUCAAGCUGCGAAUAGAUUGAUCGAGAAGGUUGAAGAUGACACUGAACUAAGCGAAGAUUUACCAACAAUGAAGUCAAAACGAAGGCUUGUCUUAAGUACACAGCUUAUGCAGCAGCUACUUAAUCCUCCUCCAGCAGCAGUUCUCUCUGCGGAUGUCAAGUUGCAUCAUGAAAGUGUGGUCUACUCUGUUGCUAGAUUAGUGUUAGGAGAUGCAUGCAGUUCUGUCUCGUGGUCUGGAAAUGACACAAUCAUGUCCCCUGGCAGCAAAAACCUCCUGCCCGAUAAGCUCAAAUCAUCUGAGAAAAAUGACCAGUACAUUUUGAAAGUGGAAGACUUUGCUGGUAGAGCAAAGAAACUGGAAAAUGAUAUAUUGAGAUUGGAUAGCAGAGCCUCAAUUUUGGACUUAAGAGUGGAGUGUCAAGAUUUAGAAAGAUUUUCUGUCAUCAACCGAUUUGCCAAGUUCCAUGGUCGGGGGCAAAAUGAUGGGGCAGAAACCUCAUCAUCCUCUGAUGCAACAGCAAAUGCUCAGAAACCAUGCCCCCAGAAAUAUGUUACUGCAGUUCCAAUGCCUAGAAAUCUCCCAGACAGGGUACAAUGUCUUUCACUUUGAUAAUUAAUUAAUUCAUUUUUCCAUCUUUCUUGGUCAGUUGUCUCCACAACCUCCUGUUUCUGGUCCUUUUCUUUCAACUUAUAUUAUUGCACUUCAUCGCCAUAGAACCAUACAACUGGCAAUGUAGGAGAAGAAUGGUACUAGAUUGCCUCCUCAACCAAUGGAGGCUGUUAGAUCUUUGCAAUCUUAUAUAUGUAUGUAUGUAUGUCUAGAUCUUUGCAAUCUAGUUAUCUCUUUUGGUUUUUGAGGUUCCAAGCCUUUUGUAUAUAGUAAGAUAAUUUAUGCAGUUUACUUAGUUUUAACCAUACCCUUCGGCUCGAUUUUAGCUGAUUAGUUAGUAUAAAAGCUGUUCAUUGCCCCCCACCCCAGAUAGAACAUAAGAUGUUUAGUGUUUAUUUAAUCAUUACUAUCCUCUCAAUUCUAAAUAAUUUUCCUGUAUUUGUAUUUAGUUAUAGAUAAUAUGUGCAUUCUACCUAGUUUUUU